GUCACAAGCAAAACCUUUCAGAACCCAGCCAUAAUAUGCACAGUCCUUUCCAAGACGCACAUGUAUAUGCUUAUUUACAGGCACAUGUGUGAACACUGAGUUAAAGAGGGUGUAAGACGAGCCUUAGAGCAGAGCAGACGCUUAGUGCAGAGGAAUCAGAGUGGACGACUGUGGACAGCCCUGAGCUUUAGUGACCCACUGAAUGAAGGGAACAGCAUGUCAGUCUUCCUGCUCCUCCUCAUCCUCAGCGAGGUUCUGCUCCCCAACCUCACCUGCGCAUCCAGAGUGCGCAGGCAAGCGACAAAGGUUCGGAUCAGUGCUAUAGGAGACACCAUCACGCUGAGGUUCCUGGAGCCACACAGAGAAACUAAACUGGAGGGAUAUAUUCUGGGAUACGGAAGCAGCUUGUUUUCCAAGCAGUUAAUUAAACUCCCUGAUGACGGAGAACCAUAUGAAACUGAAAUUGAUGCUGAACCAAAAUAUCUUGUUGCAGUUCAGCCAGUCAAAGAAGAACAGAUGAAGAAACAGUGCACAGGGAAGGAGUCUCUGGAAAAGCCUCUGCAUCUGGUGAUUGGCUCUGUGUCCCCGACCUCAGUUAUGCUGUCCUGGGCCACACUGCUAAACACCCUUUCCACUGAAACAAACCUGGAUGACUGCACAGAGGACGGUCAUUACACAGUGCGCUACAGAGAGAGCGAGCCCAAAAAGACGUGGAACUAUCAGACAUGUCCCACCACUGAUACAAUCAUUGAUGACCUCAAACCAGACACACCAUAUGAAUUUGGGGUCCGGGCAAAGUUUGAGAAUAUCAAUGGAGCCUGGAGCCCUUCAGUAACCCACAACACAACUGAAAUAAACGCCCAUAAAAUACUGGAGCCUGAGAAUCUUUUCCAGCCCGAGCCACCCAGCACCGAAGAGCCUCAAACGUUUUCCCCCUCAGUGCCUGUUCUACACAUUGUGACUGAAAGCAGACCAGCUCCCCCCCUCAGCACCCCAAAACCCCCUCCUACACAGAGGAUAACUGAAGCAAAAGAUAGAGAUGUUUAUAAACCACAGAAGCCUGAGAACCUCCAGAGGCCUGAGAAGCCCGUCACUGAAAGCCCUCAAACUUUCCCGCCGUCAGUGCCUGUUCCAUCCAGCACAAUUCAAAGCAGACCAGCUUCCCUCCUCAGACGCCCAGCACCCCCGCCUACACAGAGGAUAGUUCAAAACACCCAGGAACCCCUAAAGCCUGAGAUCAUUCUGAUGCCUGAGGAGCCAAUCACUGAAGGUCCUCAAGCUUUGUCCCCCUCGGUGCCUGAUCUGCACAGUGUGACUCAGGGCAAACCGGUCUCUGUCCUCAGACACACGGCACCCCCUCCUACCCAGAAGAUAAUUCCAGAUGUUCACGAACCAACUCAGCCCGUGAGCCGUCCGAGGCAUAAGAAGCCCACCACUGAAAGGCCCCAAUCUUUCUCCUCAUCAGUGGCUGGAACAGGAAGCGAUGCCAUAAGAACUUCACAUCCUUCAGAAGAUUCAUUGUUCUUGACCCAGACCCCUACUUCAGCUCACACACCAAUGAGUAAUUUUGAAACCAAUGAUAUUCUUCAAACUCAACAUUACACUGUGUCAUCUUUUUCACUUACAACCCAAGAACAACUUCACACCAUCAAAUCCAAAAUGACCACAAGUAAACCUUUAUUCAGGACACACAAAACACAGAUCAACAAAACCAAAACUGUACCUAGCACAGUCACAGCUGAACACAACGUAACCCAGAAGCAAAAGACCCAACUCCACAAAACAAUCUAUCCACAAACUGAGUUAAGCACAACCAAAUUCCAAACUAGCACAUCUACAUUCCAAAUGAGAAAGACUCAGUUCCAAGGACACACAGCUAAAUACCCUCUCACAGCAGCCCAUGCUAAGCCAACGUCACCCCAGCCCUAUACAAUUCACUCUCAGACUAGUAUAGAGAAAAUCCAACACAGCACAACUAAAGGGCAAUUUAAAAUGCUUGAACCCAUUACAACUCAAUCCCAACCUCACCCAUCCCAGCCCCAUAUAACUCACCCCAAACCCACUGUAAUGCACAAAACACUUUCAACACCUACUAUAAUGCAAACCCAGCCUCAUAAAUCUCAAACCAAAGCAAAACAGUCUCGACCACACACAACCCAACCACAAUCCACGGCAAGCCAAUCUCAACCCCAGACAACUCAACUUCAAAAUGGCACAGUAAAAUUUUACCCAAAAACAUCACAACCCCAACCCACCACAACUCACGUACCCUCGCAACCUCGCACAUUCCAAACUCAACCUAUUACAACACAACCUCAACUUCGCAUGACUCAUUCAAAACAAAACAUUACAAAAAUAUACCAGCCAGGUACAACCCAAACUAAAAUCACCACAACACAAGCUCAACCUCACACUACACAAACCGAACCCCACACUACACAACCUCAACCCCACACAACAAAAACUCAGCCCACCACUACACACACUCAACCUCACACAACAAAAGCUCAACCCACCACUACACAAACUCAACCUGACACGACACAAUCUCAACCUCACACAACAAAAACUCAGCCCACCACUACACAAACUCAACCCACCACAACAAAAACCCAACCCACCACUACACAAACUCAACCCACUACAACACAAACUCAACCCACCACUACACAAACUCAACCCACUACAACACAAACUCAACCCACCACUACACAAACUCAACCCACUACAACACAAACUCAACCCAUCACUACACAAACUCAACCUCACACAACAAAAACUCAACCCACCACUACACCAACUCAACCCACCACUACACAAACUCAACUUCGCACAACAAAAACUCAACCCACCACUACACAAACUCAACCUCGCACAACAAAAACUCAACCCACCACUACACCAACUCAACCCACCACUACACCAACUCAACCCACUACAACACAAACUCAACCCACCACUACACAAACUCAACCCACUACAACACAAACUCAACCCACCACUACACAAACUCAACCCACCACUACACAAACUCAACCAACCACUACACAAACUCAACCCACCACUACACAAACUCAACCCCACACAACACAAACUCAACCCCACACAACACAUACUCGAUCCCACACAAUUCAAACCCAACCUAUCAAAACCCACACUAAAUCAACCAAACAAACAGCACAGUCAAUAAGCAAUAUAUUAAACACUACUGAAUUCCAACAACAACCUGAUCAUCAUCCAAUAAAACAUUCCAACACCAAAACAUGGCAAAAUGGUAAAACCGAGCUUACGCCUAAAAGUAAGCCAAAGCAACCCGUAGGAACCCCUCCAGAAAAAUCUCAGGGUGAAAAGAAGCCGGGCAACCAGAAGCUCCCCGACAGCAAAAUGGCUCCGAGCCAGCCACUGGAUGGACAUCUAACAAAGCCUGUUCUUGUCAAUGGGGCAACGAAUGGGAACAAGGGUCAAGAAAUGUCUUCAACUUCUGCUACUGUGGCAACCACAUCAGCACCUACAGGAAUCAAGCGUGUCUCUACAGUUUCUGUUCCUAAUCCAAUAACGUUGCCUCCUACCUCCUCUAACACCACUGUCAAGAAGGCACAGGUUAUUAAGGCGCAGGGUAUCAAGGCACAGGGAAACAAGGCAAAGGGUAACAAGACCCGGAUUCCUAAUUCAAAGCACUCUCAAAACUCAUCCAAUGGUGAGAAGCAUAAGGGGCAGAAGUCGAGCAAGAAAAAAAAACCUGAAUCAACCAAAAACAAGGAAAAUCUAAACCAGGUGGACAAAGAUGAGGCAAUAAAAGCACCAACUAAUCUGAAUUUGAAGAAUGAACUACCUCUGCAGAAACCCUCACUUACUACUCCUCCCGCCGAAAUCUAUCAAAAGCCAACACCAACAAGCGCCUUGAAUGGUGACAACAGCUCUGUAUUCAGUUCUGUUCCUGUUUCAGAAGUGGACAUAAUGGGGAAAAACCGCUUUGUAGCACCUCAUGUUAUCUAUCAGAUAAACAAGCCUCCGAAGCAACCAUGUUCCGUGACUAACUCUCUCAGCUUCUUCCCUGAAGAGGAAAAUGUGGUAGCCAACAUCUCAGGCCCACCCAAGACCCCCCCGACCAACGUCACAGUGGUUACUGUGGAGGGAUGUUCAUCAUUCGUCAUAAUUGACUGGGAGAAAACAGAUAAUGAGACAACAGAAUAUGAUGUCAUUUCCUCUGAAAAUAGUCCAAGUGGAAAAAUUAUAUCUGUUGUAACCACCAAUCAGACGCAUACAGCUGUGGAGAACCUGAAACCAGAGAGCAGUUACGAGUUCAAAGUAACGCCUAAGAAUGAACUUGGUUCUGGACCUUCCAGUGAGUCGGUAACCUUCAACACUGAGUCGGCGGACCCUCGGGUGAGUGAAAUUCGAACUGGUAAAAACGCCAUCUGGUCAUCAUUCUCAUUUAAAGCAGACUCCUAUUCCGAGUGCAAUGGAAACCAAUUUGUGAAGCGUACAUGGUAUCGCAAGUUUGUGGGAAUACAACUGUGCAACUCACUCAGAUACAAGAUCUACCUAAGUGACUCACUAAAAGGGAAGUUUUAUAACAUUGGGGAUGAGACUGGGUAUGGAGAGGAUCAUUGUCAGUUUGUUGAUUCCUACCUGGAUGGACGGACUGGAGGCCCUCUAUCACAAUACCACUUACCACUCAAACAAGGUUAUUUCCGCUCCAUGCGCCAGGAGCCUGUGAAGUUUGGAAAGAUUGGUGGUAGCACCCAGAUCAACUAUGUAGCCUGGUAUGAGUGUGGAGUCCCCAUUCCUGGGUCAUGGUAGGACCCCUGAAGCUCUCUGAGGAUGUGCCUGAUUGGAAUCUAUACUGUGUGAGAGAUGACAAUGUAUAAAUAUGUACAGAAUGGGGAAAAAAGCAAAAAGUUCUAUUAAGUGUUGUCUGCAGUAUCUAAUGGCACAUAUAAUGCUUCAUACUAUUUAUAUGCAGAACAAAUUUAUCAGCCAUUUACAGAAACAGCAGAGUUUAUGAAAGUACGGGGUAGCAGGCUCCCUGAAUGUUUAAAACGUGUAUAUUAUUUGUGAGACUGGCGAUUUCCUGGCAGUUGGCAAAAUAGACAGCAUAAGCUGAAAAAGGAAAUUGGUCAUAUUGUGCAGCUGUUUAAUAGACACACUAAAAUAUAAACCUCUAAGAUGAAGAUCUAUGCAUUUGGUCUAACAGAAACGCAUUUCACCAGCAUGAAGUUGAUAGUUUCAAGAAGUUUUUGUGCAAGUUUUGCACACAUUACAUGUAGAUCAUUUGGCUAAUAUAUAUGUGUAUAUGUGGGAAAAAAUGAACUAAACCCUCAUUCUUAUUUGUUUCUGAGGUUAAUUAUUGCAGUGUGUUAAGGAUAAUGAAUGUUGAUUUUUCUAAUCAGCUGUUGGAGAUGUAACAAGACAAGUGAUUGCAAUGUUAAUGCUAUUUAAAAUGUUUUUUGUUAAUGCUACAAAAUGUAUUACUUUUGGUGCAGAAUAUUUUGUUUUUUUAUAUGAAGGUGCACAAGAAAAUAAAUGUUUUUCUCUA